AUGGUCCUGAAGUUCCUCCAAGGGGUUAUAUUUCCGCGUUUUGGAAUUCCACGCGUUAUUCUUAGUGAUGGGGGGAAGCAUUUUAUUAAUAAACCGUUUGCUAAUUUGUUGGCAAAAUAUGGGAUUAAUCAUCCACAUACAUCUGGUCAAGUGGAAGUUUCAAACAGAGAAUUAAAACGCAUUUUGGAGAAAACAGUUGGUUCAACACGUAAAGAUUGGAGUUCAAAAUUAAAUGAUGCAUUGUGGGCCUACAGGACAGCUUAUAAGACUCCUAUUGGAAUGUCACCAUUUCGACUCGUUUAUGGGAAAGCAUGUCAUCUACCUAUGGAGCUUGAGCAUAAGGCUUACUGGGCAAUUAAAGAGUUAAAUUUUUCGUAUGAUUCAGCUGGGGAACAACGUAAAUUACAGCUCAAUGAGCUGGAGGAAAUUCGUCAGGGUGCUUAUGAAAGUUCUCGCAUCUACAAGGAAAGAACUAAGGCAUUUCAUGAUAGUCAAAUUUUAAGGAAAGAAUUUCAGCCAGGGCAAAAGGUGUUGCUAUUCAGUUCACGGCGAAAGUUGUUUCCAGGGAAAUUGAAAUCUCGCUGGACUGGGCCAUAUCUGGUUACUAAAGUCUUUUCUCAUGGGGCAGUUGAAAUAACUAAUGAAGCUCAAGAGGCUUUUGCCGUUGUUCGUGAACCUGCAAAAAGGAAGCUUGGUAUGCACCAUUUCGAUGUGCAGAUUAUUGGUGGGGCAGCGCUUCAUGAUAGGUCCAUUGCAGAAAUGAAAACGGGAGAGGGAAAAACGUUGGUGUCCACCUUAGCGGCAUAUCUUAAUGCCCUGACAGGUGAAGGCAUUCAUGAAACCGUAAAUGAUUACCUUGCACAACGAGAUGCUGACUGGAUGGGUCAUGGUCAUCGCUCUUUGGGACUUACUGUGGGUCUUGUUCAGAGGGGGAUGACAGCUGAAGAGAGGAGAUCCAACUAUAGCUGUGACAUACCGUACACUAAUAACUCAGAACUUGGUUUUGACUAUCUACAAGAUAACCUUGCUGGAAACAGUGAACAUCUUGUUAUGAAAUGGCCAAAGCCAUUUCAUUUUGCAAUAGUUCAUGAAGCUGACUCAGUUCUUAUUGAUGAAGGACGAAAUCCAUUGCUAAUUAGUGGGGAGAUAAAUUUUUUUAAAGAUGCUGCAUGAUAUCCUGUUGGUGCUAAAGUGGCUGAUUUGCUUGUGCAAGGAAUUCAUUACAAUGUUGAACUUAAAGAUAACUCAGUUGAGUUGACUGAAGAAGGAAUAGCUCUUGCUGAGAUGGCCCUUGAAACCAAUGACUUGUGGGAUGAAAGUGAUCCUUGGGCUAGAAAUGUGAAUCAUAAAUCCAUUGAUGCUGCACUUUAUAAACAAGUAGAAAUUAUCAUAGAUAUGAGAAACUGAAAGUUCUUAAAAUAUUUGCAGCGGACUGGCAGAGUUGAGGAGAAGAGAAGGUGGUCUGAGGGGAUUCAUCAGGCUGUGGAGGCUAAAGAAGGCUUGAAGAUUCAGGCUGAUUCGGUUGUUGUGGCACAAAUCACUUAUCAAUCUUUAUUCAAGCUCUACCCAAAGCUGUCAGGAAUGACUGGAACUGCAAAAACGGAAGAGAAAGAGUUCUUGAAAAUGUUUCAAGCGCCAGUCAUUGAGGUGCCAACGAAUCUGCAAAACAUUCGUAAUGAUUUACCAAUUCAAGCAUUUUAGACUGCUCAAGGGAAGUGGAAAUAUGUUCGUCAAGAAGUGGAAUACAUGUUCAGACAGGGGCGUCCUGUUUUAGUUGGAACUACCAGUGUUGAGAAUUCCGAGUACUUGUCUGAUUUGCUUAAGGAACGAAAUAUCCCCCACAAUAUUCUAAAUGCACGGCCUAAGUAUGCUGCAAGGGAGGCUGAAAUUGUUGCCCAAGCAGGAAGAAAAUAUGCCAUUACCAUUUCUACCAUGGCUGGCAGAGGCAUUGACAUAAUUCUAGGAGGAAAUCCAAAAAUGCUUGGAAAAGAGACCAUAGAGGACAGUUUAAUUUCGUUCUUGACACGAGAAGCUCCUAAUAUUGAUGUUGACGGAGAGGCAAUUUCACAAAAGAAAACUCUCUCACUCUCUCUCUUACUCUCGAACUCACGGCAACCACCAAGAACCACCACAAUCUUGUACGAACGUUCCAUUUAAGACCACCAUCGUGAUCCUGAGGACUUCACGAGCUCGGGGAUACCAAACUCAGGUGAGUUUCACUUCGGAAAACCCUAGUUUCAGUGUCACCGUAAUA